AUGGAGCUCCCGGAGAUGGAGCAGCUGCGAAAGAAGUCAAUGCGCGAACAAGCCGGACGUGGCUUUCGCCUCCAAGCUGCCGCUAACAUGGAGAUGUGGCUCGGCAUGAAGUGGGCUAUCAACGCGGCCGAGCGCAUCCAGAGGAAGUUGGCAGAGGCCGAAAGGGCGGCAGUGGAUGCCGAAGAGGCGAGGGCGAGGGCAAAGGCGGCGAAGGAGGCCGAGCGUCUGUCUCAGGCGACGGAGCUGGAGGAGGCCAAGAAACAGGCCAUAGCUGAGUACCGAAACUCGCCGGAGUUCGUGGCAUUGCUGGACAAGGAGGUGAUGGAGCAAUGCGAGGAUCUCAUCUACCGGUUCAAGCGCUUCAAUGCUGAUAAAAAACUGAACCUGAAUUUUGUCUGGGAUCCGCCGCCGUUGCCCGAGAGGGUAACCGAGGAGAUGGUCGAGGCGUACCUUGGGGAAGAUGCCGAAGUCGAUUCCUCGAGCGGCUCAGAAUCGGACGGUGAGGAGGAAGAAACGACUCCCCCUGCCGAGCCGUUGAGUGCCCGAGAGGAUGAGGGCGGGCCGGCACCGCCCGUGGCCGAUCCUCCAACUCCUUGA